GCAACUCGGUGGUGUGCUACAGGCUGGUCUCGAACCCAGAGCUCUGGCUGAGAGGAUGGGGGUAGACGGGGAAACGGUGGUCCUGAAGAACAUGCUCAUUGGGGUCAACCUGAUCCUUCUGGCCUCCCUGCUCCAGCCCUCCGAGUGUCAGCUGGAGGUCACCACCAAAAGGGUCCAGGGACAGGCAGUGGAGGAGGAAGGAGGUGUUGCCAAUUACAACGCAUCUGGCAAAGAGCGGCCGGUGGUCUUCAACCAUGUGUAUAACAUUAACGUGCCCCUGGACAGCCUCUGCUCCUCUGGGCUGGAGGCCUCGGCUGAGCAGGAGGUGAGUGCCGAAGACGAGGCAUUGACAGAGUACACGGGCCAGACCUCAGACCACGAGAGCCAGGUCACCUUCACUCACAAAAUCAACCUCCCCAAAAAGGCCUGCUCGUGCGCCAGCUCGGCCCGGCUACUGCAGGAGCUGUUAAGCCGGAUCGAGAUGCUGGAAAGGGAGGUGUCGGUGCUGCGAGACCAGUGCAACAGCAACUGCUGCCCGGAAAGCGCGGCCACAGGACAACUGGACUAUAUCCCUCACUGCAGCGGGCACGGCAACUUCAGCCUCCAGUCCUGCGGCUGCAUCUGCAAUGAAGGCUGGAUCGGCAAGAACUGCUCGGAGCCCUACUGCCCCUUGGGCUGCUCCAGCCGGGGCGUGUGUGUGGAUGGCCAGUGCAUCUGCGACAGCGAGUACAGCGGGGGCGACUGCUCGGAGCUCCGGUGCCCGACGGACUGCAGCUCCCGGGGGCUCUGUGUGGACGGGGAGUGUGUCUGCGAAGAGCCCUACACGGGCGAGGACUGCAGCGAGCUGCGGUGCCCCGGGGACUGUUCGGGGAAGGGGAGAUGUGUCAACGGCACCUGCUUCUGCCAGGAGGGCUAUGUGGGUGAGGACUGCGGCCAGCGGCGGUGUCUGAACGCCUGCAGCGGGCGAGGACACUGCCAGGAGGGACUCUGCUUCUGUGAAGAGGGCUACCAGGGCCCUGACUGCUCAGCAGUUGCCCCUCCAGAGGACUUGCGAGUGGCUGGUAUCAGCGACAGGUCCAUUGAGCUGGAAUGGGACGGGCCGAUGGCAGUGACGGAAUAUGUGAUCUCUUACCAGCCGACGGCCCUGGGGGGCCUCCAGCUCCAGCAGCGGGUACCUGGAGAUUGGAGUGGUGUCACCAUCAUGGAGCUGGAGCCAGGUCUCACCUACAACAUCAGCGUCUACGCUGUCAUUAGCAACAUCCUCAGCCUUCCCAUCACUGCCAAGGUGGCCACCCAUCUCUCUACCCCUCGAGGGCUACACUUCAAGACGAUCACAGAGACCACUGUGGAGGUGCAAUGGGAGCCCUUCUCAUUCUCCUUCGACGGAUGGGAGAUCAGCUUCAUUCCAAAGAACAAUGAAGGAGGGGUGAUUGCUCAGCUCCCCAGUGAUGUUACAUCCUUCAAUCAGACAGGACUAAAGCCUGGGGAAGAAUACAUUGUCAAUGUCGUGGCUCUGAAAGAGCAAGCCCGGAGCCCCCCUACCUCGGCCAGCGUCUCUACUGUCAUUGAUGGGCCCACACAGAUCCUGGUUCGAGAUGUCUCAGACACCGUGGCCUUUGUGGAGUGGACCCCACCUCGAGCCAAAGUCGACUUCAUCCUCUUGAAGUAUGGCUUGGUGGGCGGGGAAGGUGGGAAGACCACUUUCCGGCUCCAGCCCCCCUUGAGCCAAUACUCAGUGCAGGCCCUGCGGCCCGGUUCCCGCUACGAGGUGUGGGUCAGUGCCGUCCGUGGGACCAACGAGAGCCAGUCCACAACCACCCAGUUCACAACAGAGAUUGACGCCCCCAAGAACCUGCGGGUUGGCUCCCACACGGCAACCAGCCUUGACCUUGAGUGGGACAACAGCGAAGCAGAGGUCCAGGAGUACAAGGUCGUGUACAGCACCCUGGCGGGUGAGCAGUACCAUGAGAUGCUGGUCCCCAAGAGUAUCGGUCCAACCACCAGAGCCACCCUCACAAAUUUGGUGCCUGGCACCGAGUAUGGAGUUGGAAUAUCCGCUGUCAUGAACUCACAGCAAAGUGUCCCAGCCACCAUGAAUGCCAGGACUGAACUUGACAGUCCCCGAGACCUCAUGGUGACAGCCUCCUCGGAAACCUCCAUCUCCCUCAUCUGGACCAAGGCCAACGGUCCCAUUGACCACUACCGAAUUACCUUUACCCCAUCCUCCGGGAUCGCCUCAGAAGUCACCGUGCCCAAGGACAGGACCUCGUACACACUGACAGAUCUAGAGCCUGGGGCAGAGUACAUAAUUUCAAUCACUGCUGAGAGGGGUCGGCAGCAAAGCUUCGAAUCCACUGUGGAUGCCUUCACAGGCUUCCGCCCCAUCUCCCAUUUGCACUUUUCUCACGUGACCUCCUCCAGCGUAAACAUAACCUGGAGUGACCCAUCCCCUCCAGCAGACAGACUCAUUCUGAACUACAGCCCUCGGGAUGAAGAGGAAGAGAUGACAGAGAUCUCUCUGGAAGCUACCAAGAGGCACACUGUCCUGAUGGGUCUGCAGCCGGCCACUGAGUACAUCGUGAACCUGGUGGCAGUCCAUGGCACAGUGACCUCUGAACCCAUUGUGGGCUCCAUCACCACAGGAAUUGAUCCCCCCAAAGACAUCACAAUUAGCAAUGUGACCAAGGACUCUGUUAUGGUCUCCUGGAGCCCUCCUGUUGCAACUUUUGAUUACUACCGAGUAUCAUAUCGGCCAACACAAGUGGGACGGCUGGACAGCUCAGUGGUACCCAACACAGUGACAGAAUUCGCCAUCACCAAGCUGUAUCCAGCCACUGAAUACGAAAUUAGUCUCAACAGUGUGCGGGGCAGGGAGGAGAGUGAGCGCAUCUGCACCCUCAUUCACACAGCCAUGGACAACCCUGUGGAUCUGAUCGCCACCAACAUCACUCCAACCGAAGCCCUACUGCAGUGGAAGGCACCAGUGGGUGAAGUGGAGAACUACGUCAUUGUUCUCACACACUUUGCAGUUGCUGGAGAGACCAUCCUGGUUGAUGGGGGCAGUGAGGAAUUCCAGCUCGUUGGCCUGCUUCCUAGCACCCACUAUACUGUCAGUAUGUAUGCCACCAGUGGCCCUCUCACCAGUGGUACCAUCAGCACCAACUUCUCUACCCUCCUGGACCCUCCUGCAAACCUGAUGGCCAGCGAAGUCACCAGACAAAGUGCCCUGAUCUCCUGGCAGCCUCCCAGGGCAGAGAUAGAAAACUACAUCUUAACCUACAAAUCCACUGACGGAAGCCGCAAGGAGCUCAUUGUGGAUGCAGAGGACACAUGGAUCCGACUGGAGGGCCUGUCUGAGAGCACAGACUACACAGUGCUCCUGCAGGCAGCCCAGGACACGGACCGGAGCAGCCUCACCUCUGCCACCUUCACCACAGGGGGCCGGGUGUUUCCUCAUCCUCAAGACUGUGCCCAGCAUUUGAUGAAUGGAGACACUCUGAGUGGGGUCUACACCAUCUUCCUCAACGGAGAGCUAAGCCGGAAGUUACAGGUGUACUGCGAUAUGACCACCGACGGGGGUGGCUGGAUUGUGUUCCAGAGGCGGCAGAAUGGCCAAACUGAUUUUUUCCGGAAAUGGGCUGAGUACCGUGUUGGCUUCGGGAACCUGGAGGAUGAGUUUUGGCUGGGGCUGGACAACAUACACAGGAUCACAUUCCAGGGCCGCUAUGAGCUGCGCGUGGACAUGCGCGACGGCCAGGAGGCCGCCUUCGCCUACUACGACAAGUUCUCUGUGGAGGACAGCAGAAACCUAUUCAAACUGCGCCUGGGAGUCUACAACGGCACCGCAGGGGACUCCCUCAGCUAUCACCAGGGACGCCCUUUCUCCACAGAGGACAGAGACAAUGAUGUCGCAGUUACCAACUGUGCCAUGUCAUACAAGGGGGCCUGGUGGUACAAGAACUGCCACCGGACCAACCUCAAUGGGAAAUACGGAGAGUCCAGGCACAGUCAGGGGAUCAACUGGUACCAUUGGAAAGGCCACGAGUUCUCCAUCCCUUUUGUGGAAAUGAAGAUGCGCCCCUACAACCACCGCCUCACAGCAGGGAGGAAACGGCGGUCCCUGCAGUUCUGAGCAGCGGGCGGCCGCGGGCCAACUGACCUUUUCUGUCAUCUGUUUGUAUUUUAUAAUAUGGAACAAGGGGUGGGGGGUACGAGUAAUGUGCUUUGCAACAUGUUAAGGGUGUUUGAGGAAGCAGGCCGCCGCUGCGUGUGGUUUCUGCUGCCCCGGGCCCGGCCCUGGGCCUCCAUUCUCCCUCCCAGCCAGUCAUCCUUCACCUUCCCCUCUGCCCACCGAGGAGGGAAAGUGUGACAUUGGAAGACCAAUUUAAAGACAAGUUAGAUUGCUAAGGCAAAGGGCCUUCUUUACCUGCCUUCCUAGGAGUUGUCCUUCACUCCCGGGUGUUUGUGCUCUGGUCGUGGCCUUGGAUGGCCGGGUAUCUCACACCAGCCCACGGAAGAAGCCACCGCAAAAGAGCUCUGCCAGCAGCUCCCCGUAAGAGGAGGUAGAUGAAUCUCACCGCAUCCCAAUAGCCCAAGGCCUUUUCAAUGGGCCAGAGAUUCUCGUCUUCUGACACUCUUAUGUGCCAAGUGUCCUACUCCCUUCUAAGAUCGGUGGCCUCUUUUCCAGCCCCAAUCAGUCCUGUGCCUACUGCCCUCUGACACUUAGACCCCACGGCCCCACAAGCCCAGCCACUGUUUGUUCUAGACUCUGGUUCCCAAGGCAUUGCCCACACCUGGCCCUGGGCUGCCAGGGUCUUAAGUCACUGCCCCCUGUUUCAAGUCAGACAGACAGCAAUUUUUUUUGCAGGUGAAAGGGGGAGAUGGUUGAGGAUUUAGUGCUUUGGGGUCACACAGUGAGGAAGAGGCAAAAGAAGUAGAAAUCAAGGCAUCUGCCAUUUGAGAUUGCAGGUCCCGUGGGAAACACAGAUCCUAUCUAGCUCUGUUUUCUUAUUUCUGGCCCUAUUUGUCAUGGAUUUUUUUUUUUCUGAAUUGCAAACGGAAGGCCUCAUUUCCAUCUUCAGCCAGGCUCAACCUUAAUGUGGGCGGCUUAAUAAGGAUCAGAAGAAGAAGUUAUAGGACCAGCCAGCCAUUCCCCUGACUGGUAAUUCCUGGAAAAAGGUGAAAUUCAAGGGGAGUGGGGUUGUUUUGGUUUCUUUCUCUUUUUUGGUCCUGUGGGAAAUAGGAAUGACCUCUUUAAUGAGUUGACAUUAUGAGAAGCCUCUCUCCAUCUUCUUUUAUUAUUCUGCCUUUGAGAGGAAAAAUGAAAAGUGCCAGAGGAAAUUACAUCUGGAAAUCCAAAGGUGAAGAGGGGAGGACUGGGGGCCCACCUCCCAUUUUAUGAGAUGUGCUUCUCUUCACUCCCAUGAUUUGAUUUUUAAGCCCAAGAGAGAUGGAGGCUCAAGAAAUCAUGACCCCUCAACUUCUCCAAAUCAAAUGUCAGCCACUGCCGUCCCUGUAGCAUCCGCCAAAAUCCACGCCCAGCACCCCCACCCCCGCUGCCUUCCCCCUUUCCUCUUCUUUUCCUCAAGACCCCAGCUCUGUUUCCUGCAGUGCCCACAUUCAGCCAAACUAGGGCAUCUUGUUCCUCUCCCAACCGGUUGCUGGAAGAGCCUGAGAGUUAGCAUCUUGCUAAUGGAAACAACUACAUUGUCACCAAGCUCUGAUCACCAGGAGAGGACAGCCCCUCGGGCUGCUGAUCACGCUCCUGGUGCUGUGAGGAUGAAGUCAGCUGCCACCAGCCGCUGGUACCUCCCUGAGCAGGCCUCUGAGGCCUCACGAGCUGCUCCGUGUGCAUGUGACCGACAAACCCGGUGCUGAGAAAUGGGAGUCCCAGGGCCGUUUCUCAGUUCAGCAUGGGUUUUGAAAAGAACUAGGGGGAGGAGGAAGAAAGAGAAUCGUUUCCAGAAACCCACAAAUUAAAUGAGAUUCAGCUAGAGAGUGGGGACACCAGUGAUAGUUGGGAGCUCACCAAAAGGAAGCUGGGAGCUGAGGUAGAGGCCCAUCUCUGCAAUUUUGUUGGCUCUGUGAUAGGUAUCAGGGAGGUUGUUUUCUCUCUCUGGGCCUCAGUUUCCUCUCCUGUUGAAUCAAAGCUUGGACUAGAAUGGUUACUAACUUCCCUUUUGGUUUUGAUGUCAGUAAUGCUAGUUUCUGAUCUGAAAAUUUAAGUAAAACUGGGCCUUGAUGAGAGAGCACAAUUAAGUAGUGAAAAUUCAUCAGAAAUCCUUUUAUUAGAAAGAAGGAAGGAAGGAAGGAAGGAAGGAAGGAAGGAAGGAAGGAAGGAAGGAAGGAAGGAAUAUUGGUUGGUUUAGAAGUCAUAAAUAAAAAACACACACAGGAAAAAAACUUGACAGAAGAGGUAAUGCCAAGUAAGAGGCUGAGCUCAUUUUGUACAUAAAAGCAGAGCCCAGGGCCUGGGUGGUGCCCGAACAGCCUACCUCAUCCAGGGAACUGAAACAAAGAGCUUGCGAGUCCUUGUGUGGUCAAUUCAGGUGAAAGCGAAGAAGUAUCAGUGGAAACCAAAAGAUGCCUUUCAUUACAACCAUUUUACCCUAUGGAACAUUUUUAUAAAUAGUAUCAGCAGCAUUGCCUGAAUUCAUUUCAGAAACUUUUAAAGCAAGAAAGGGACUUCAAAGAUUAGCUUGUCCAACCUCCUGUAAAAGGAUGUAUAGAUUCCUUUUAUUAAGUUGAGUGAUUUUCUCACGAGCUGUCACCAUUUUCAAGAGACACUGUGCCCUGUUCUCUCCCCAAGAUCCAUGGUCAACUAAACUCAAAGCUUCUUAACUUUACUCACUGAUUCUUGCUUAUCUCUUUCCUCCACACUUACGUUCUUCCUAAGGGUGGAUCCAAUAAGCAAUACUCACAAGGCGCUCACCUAGGCACACCAGUUUCCCUCAAAGGACUCUCAAGGAAUAGAAUUGGACCCUGCCCAGAGGCUAUUUAACUGCAGGAUUAUGAUUUAAUCCCACUCCUAAUUAUAGGCACCUGAAACAGACUCACUGCCUAGAUCCAAGAUCCAGACAGUUUUUCCUUUUCGCAUUUCCCCAUCAGAUAAAGAUAGUUCCCGGCAGAGUAACUCCCAUGCUUCAGGAUUCUUUCUGGAAGGUCAAGGAGGUGAGUUUAAAAUGAGGGGCAGGGGCAGUGGGAGGAAGGGGGGGUAGAAAACGAAUCUGUGGGAAACUCCUGCCUUCUCACUGGAUUUAACUGGAGGAGGGAGACUUGCUAAGUGUGGCCACAAGGUGGCGAUCACCACCCCCAGCCACAACCUAUGAAACGUGGGCGUUGAGGACAGCAAGCUUUGGGGUUUCCAGGAGAACCCACACCAAACCAAGAUUCAAGAAACCUCAAAACUGAUUUUCACAGGAGAUUGAAUUGUAAAAGAAGAAGAGGAACAAAAAUGUCAGCAAGGAAGUGCAGAGCAAACUUCCACAAAUAGUUAAACCCACAUACCUAGCCCUUCACCGACUGGUUCCCCCACUCAGCAGCUUGUGAACGGGUAGGACACCUCCCACCCUCUUCCCUGGAAACCAGCCAGCUCUAUGCACACUGAACACUGUUAUUUCAAAGUCAACCCUAAAAAACCAAGGUUGCCACCAAUGAGCUCAAUGCCAAACCAAACAACCCUCAUUCCAUUUGUAAUUUGAAAAUCCCAUCUCAGAACAGAGCCAUAGAUUUCACAGGACACUAGGUCAUUAUGGAAUCUUUUUCAAAGCGCUCAUUUAAAAGCAUCAGUCGAGAAAGGGCUUAUGAGUUCCUCUUUGUCUUUUCCUCUGGAGAAAAAAUGGAACCUGGCAUCUCAGAUGCCCCAAGCUGAGGAAGCUCUAAAGUAGACUCGCCAGUGACCCAGACUUGCACGUAUUCCUAGGGCAUGAAAACAUUUUUCUUCUGUUUCUUUUAACCUCCCCCUGAAAUUUUGGCUCAGAUAGAACCGCUUACUCAGGGUACGUGCUUGCUUUCUAUCAUCAGACCCCCAGUCAAUCUAAUUCCCACUUCCAUUUCUUUCCCUCCAAAGGGGGCUCUCUAUUUGCAUCUCACUGUCUAUUCCUAAAACUUUGAAAAGGAAAGAUUCAAACCUCAGUUUUGUUUCAAUAAUCCCACGGAAGAUGGAAUAAUUUGUUCACUUGCUUCAAACAGGCCAAGGCUGUGGGACCUCAGGGGCCUGGGGCAGGAGUGGUGACGUUUGGGAGUCUGCCUCUUCCACAAAGCUCCAGAUGCCAGGAAGCAGCCAACUCAGCUCCACCCAAACCUCCCUGGGUGGUCUGUCUUUCUCCAGGUGACAAUGACAGAGUUUCUGUACUCAGGAAAGGCAACACACAGGGCUUGCUUCGGGCUAUGCCUGUAGCCUCAAUCUGGCUAUACCUCUGGGUCUUUUGGCCACAUUCCUAAACAUCUUUGACUAAAUGUUUCCCCAAACCUUUGUCUCUUCCAUAACCCCACCCCAGUUGAGUCUCCCUGAACUGUAAUCCAGCAUUUCGGUACUACGAGCCAAAUGAGAAUUCACAGACCAAAUGAAACCUCCAAAAGCAAGUAGGGGGAAAGCUCUAGAGUGCUGGACAUGGGCGCGUUGUGUACAUUCAGGUUCAGUUUGAAAGAAGGCCUCUGGUUCAUCCUAAUAGUAGCCAUGUUAGAUUUGCUGGUGUCCAGUCUGUGUUCCUCAAGCCUUGAGAAAUGGCUGGGAAGAAGAAAACAUAAAAUAUAGAACACAAAAUAAAACUAAAAUAAAAUAGAAGCAGAUGGAUGGUUAGAGACUAAAAGCAAGCCUCCUAGGGAUGUACCACAGUCGAAGGACAGAAAGCAAGUGUGAGGGGCCCUGCCUUCAGUUCCGGUCUCAUCUCCCACCAGAGCGCCUGUCAGUUCACCCAUUGCACCUGAGGAGAAGCUAAGGCACCAGAGGCCUUUUUGCUGCAGAAAAUGAGAGGAGAGGGGCUCCUUUUGCUUGCUCAACCAGUCCUACCUGGACCUCACUUUUCUUUCACGGCACCCACAGCCUGAUUUGUCAUCUCUAGCAUUUCUGAUUCAUGUUUCAAGGUCACCCCUUGCCUGAAGCAUGACUUCAUUGCACCUGCAGUACUUCAUUGUCCAAAUGUCCUUGGCAAACCUCACAGUCUUUGGACAGUGUUGCAUUUUUUUCCAAACCGGAAAUCCUCACUCCCUCCCAAGCUUAAUAAGGCUGUUGCCGAGUAUCCAAAUAACACAGCUCUUGUUCCUCAGACCAGCUCUGCCCCCUCUGUUGACUUGACAAAACAGCUUCUCAUUGUCGACUGUGAGGCUGGGCUGAUGUUAAAUUUCCAGUUCGGAAACAUGUAACCCUUUUUGGUCUCACCAAAUCAGUUCUUACAGGUCCUGGCAUUGGCUUAUUGGCACUAGGGGUUCAUGGGAGACAGAGGAAGCAUUCCAGGAGCCUGGGAACACCUAAGCCACAGAGAGGGUUUGGGUCCAGAUGUACGGCCAGGAGGCAAAUGCUCAGAUGGGAACUAUUGUUUUCUUCCCAUUCCUGGUUUAGGACCCUCAGGGAUGCUCUGUAACAUCGCACCAUUGGACGCUAAUGUGCUCAACACCAUCUCCAAAAGGCAAACAUUGGGAACAUACCUUCAGAGCUAGAGAGGACUAGAGGUCAUCUAACCUGACCCUCUCAUUUCGUCCUUCUGGAAACAGAGGCUCAGAAAGGUUAGGCAACUUGCCCAAGUUCACCCAGCUAAUUAGUAACAGAGCUGAGAUCCUAAUUGGCAAAGGCCUUGUAAUAUUUCUCUUCCCAAGCAAAGACGACGAGAAAUGGCAUUUACUGCACCCCUACUACUUUCCAGGUACUAUGCUAGGAACUUUACAUAUAUUACUUCAUUAAAUCCUCACCACAACCCCAGUUCAAGUUUAAUCAUUUUAUAGAUGAGGAAGUGGAGGCACAGAAAGGUUUGGUAACAUGCCCAGAGUCACACAGCCCCUAAGGAGAGCUAUAAUCAGAAUCCCUCUAAUUCUAAUUGUUUUUGCUCCCUCAGAAGGCUGCCUCCCCUUCUACUUCUUUAGCCCCAUGGCUGCCAUCUUGGAUUUAUUCAUGUUUGUACAAAGGGGCUUCUGAUGCCACUUCCCUCAGUCUUUUAAGAAAAGAGAAUUCUUGCAUUGUUUUUGCCACAUCCUCCAGGUGACCUUGAGAUUACAUCAGGUGGAAGAAGCAUCCCGACAGCUUUUCUCUUUUCUUUUUUUUUCUCUUUUUUUUAAAUUGGGAAGUAAGAAAAAGAUUUACAGCAAGUUGGUAGCAGACAAAAAAGAACAGGACACAAGCACUAUUUCACCCAAUGGCUGCUCCUUUGGAAAUGUAGUGGCCUCUUUCCCACCCAACGUUAGAAGAGUAGAACAUUCCAGAAUCAUUCUUCUCAAGCUGGGUAGACAAGAGAGGCAAGACUGGGAAGAAUAAACAUGGCACAUAUUUCCCGGGCCAUCAGUUUCACUCCAGAAUUUGAGAGGAAAGGAGUUACAUUAUUAAUAUAUUGAAACCAAUACAGACAGUAUCAAAUGCAGAAAUCCCAUAAAUUUUUAGGCUCAAAUCAGCAGGCUACAGACUGAUUUGAGCUCUUUCUUCCCAGAUGUUCAGGGGUACAGGAUGCCCCUGUAGGGCACCAGUGAAAGCUUUGGGGACUGAGGCUCGUGAAAGGCAGAAGACUAAUGUUACUUAUUACCCUCUUCCCACUUGCUCUCACCUCUCUAGUGUGUGGGGUGGUGUGUUGGGGGGGGGGUCUCAGAGGACAGUUAGGUACUAACUCAACUUUCUUUGCCAUAUUAAGGACUUUAGAAGGAAAUUAGUACUUGGUAAGUAGUAUUUUUGGCUGCCAGGCCAAAACUCCAGAAAUGAAUGCCUUCCUCUUAAUGGAAUGCCACUUAUGUGUAAAGGAAUAGAUUUCCCCAAGAGAGAGCUCUGCAUUAUCUGGUCCCACAAACUUGAGGUUCAGUCUAGACGAGUUACUGUUAACACCACCAACCCCUCCUUCCUAUCCCUCACACACACACACAACCAUCCGGUCAUUCCACCCUCGGUUACAUUCCAGGCCCAUAGGACCCCCCCCUCCCCAGGUACCCUGAGCAAGUCACUGUGACUUUGAGGGAGCUGUUAUCUUGGGCCGGGGCAGCUGAAACCCACCCUGGUGGUCUCUAGAUCAUUGUUCUGAGAAACCAUAAACACCAAGUCCUCCAGUGCCCUUGAAUUUGAGUUUGUCGUCUUAACCUUUAACAGCCUUUUCAGGUAAAAAAUAACAACGACCAAUUUACUGACUUUGCAGCUACUUCGUGCUUGGAAAAAGCAUUUUCUUCAAAGAAAGACUGGAAGGAAGAAAGGGGAAAAAAAAGAAAAAUGGAGUACAUACUCCUCAGUCGAUGUACACUUUAAUGAACUAAAAUAAUAAUAAAAACAGAGGAAGGGAGAGGAGACACCACCUUGCCCCAUCUUUCCCGGCACUGUAGCUCAAAGACUGGAAUCUCCACUUGUUAACCAUUGUUAACUAGUAUUUUUAGUCCUGAUUGCUUUUAGCCUCUGUAUAGUUCCUUUUUUAAACACAUUUUCUAUGAGUCAAUAAAAGAUCCUGAAGGA